AGGAUCACCUGAAGUGCAGCCAUAAGAAGCUAAAAAAACCAUCCCCUGCUUAAAAACUCUAACUCUCAGUUUCACACAGUCUCAAGAACUUGACACAGUCUUUCAGAACAAGGAGAGGGAGGAACAAAAAACAAUGGUUGCACUACCUCUUUUGUUCCUGGUGGGGUCACUGUUUCUCUGUGAUCCGGUGGAGGCCCAGUCCUCCACCAUUGAAAUAAUGAAGCAGGCUGCAAUCAACUGGCAGGGAUCUCUGACCUGUAAAAAAUGGGACUGCAACUGUACUUUCACUCGCCAGCGUGGCUGCUGCUGCGGAGCUAAUGACUUAUACAAACUGGAAGAGGACACCUUCAUGAGGAUGACAUAUUUGUGGCACAAUAUCCACACACUGAACGGCAGAGUAGAGGCGCUCACAGGUGGUGUCAAGAUUGCCUUUAAAGCCACCAUGGACCCUAAUAUUGCCAUCACAAUUCCCGGAACUACUGAACGUUGCUUUGGUCCUUUCAAUACUAAUGUGCCAAUCCCCUACGGUAUCGUCUCUCUUGACGAUGGCUCCGCUUAUAACCCUUCCUUGGGUGCCUUCACUGCCCCUACUGCUGGUGUUUAUGUCUUUUCCUACACAGUCUACUCAUCUGUGGCAGAGAAUGGGCGCCUCUACCACAAAGUUCAGCUGAUGUUCAACAAGACGCCGACAGCCAGUGUGUGGGAGAGCAAUCGAGAGGAUGGUGAAGACAGUGCCACUCAUGUUGUGGUGUUGGAGAUGCAGAGAGGCGAUCAGGUCUACGUGGAGCUAACAUCCGGGAGGAAGCUCUGUACAUUCCUGCAGUACAAUAUCUUUAGCGGUUACAUACUGUACCCUCUCGUUAAUGAGUGAUAAACCAGCUGAGAUCUGGGCCACUUAACCUUUCUCACUCCAGGACCUUAAAUGAAUCCAUUUAUACUUGCUAAAACUAGUGGUCUUUGUCACAUGCGUGGACAAGCCCCAUAGGGCCCCUACGGUAGAGAUAAACAAGAUAAGUCGUACAUACAUAGACUCAUGAAUGUGUAUGCUAACUUCCACAAUUAAAACGAUGGUCUGUGUAAGAGAGGAAGUGUGAAGUUAUUUUGAUUUGGUCACAAUAAAAGUUUAUUUGACAGGUGAGGUGCAUUUAUUUUCGUUUUGAUUUUGAUAUGUAUUUCAACUACCACACAAACACACACACAUCGUCCAUGAAUGGAAAUAGGUAGC